AUUACUCGGUCUCCAGGACAGCUGGCCCUGAGGGACAUUGCUUCCACCCUCGCGGGCUACGCUCCUCUAAUGCGCUUGGCUACGACGUUUAUCGCCCUCCCUCUUCUCUUUGCUGGCGUGAUGGUUGGCGCAGCGUCACCCGCUUCGCUGUCAAGCUCUCUCACCUUUCUGUACCAGAAUGACUUGGACUGGCCAACAGCGCCGGACCAUUCAGGAGCGAUCUUACUCGAACCUCGGAACAACCGUGCAGCAGUGUCGAGCUGCGAGGCUCUCGGAGAGACCCUACUGGUGCCCAACGGAACUUUCUUCAAGAGUGACGUGAAUUCUUUACUUUCAUAUCUUAACUUUGAAGGCCUCUUUCCCACCAGCCAAGAGUUCUGGAUCGCGACGAAGUCGGGAGGAGGUUCUUGCCAGACCAUCUCGAAGGGAGCCGACAUUCGAGAUACGUCAUGCGAACGCGUCCUCCCUGCGCUUUGCUCUCAGAGUGCGCCUUUCCGUCCAUCAGGGGAUCAGGACAAGGAUCCGAGGUUCGAGUUGACCAUCUCCGCUCAAGACCUAACGGUGACAGGAUAUCGCGAUCAUCUUUCGUUCCGCUUUCUUGGCCUGCCCUACGGCAAUCCACCGGAACGCUUCACAUACUCCACACUCUUCUCCGGUGCUCAGAAAGUCUUCAAUGCCACAAACUUCGGUUCUCAAUGCGUUCAGACCGGAGGUGGAGGAAGCGAGGAUUGCCUUUUCUUGAACAUUUUCACGCCCUUCGUUCCCGGCCCGGGAACACCCAAAUCGGCCCUGAAACCGGUCAUGUUUCACAUCCACGGCGGCUCCUUCACGAGCGGAAGCGCCAACGACGCGACGUUCGAUGGCGGCAACCUGGCCUCGCGUGGCGACGUAGUGGUGGUUGACAUUAACUAUCGAUUGUCGACCCUGGGUUUCCUUGCGCUGGAAGACGGGGUUACCAACGGCAACUUCGGUAUCGCCGAUAUGACUGUGGCCCUCGCUUGGGUCCAGAAGUACAUAACCUCGUUUGGAGGCGACCCAGAUCGCGUCACGAUCUUCGGACAGUCUGCUGGCGCCGCCGCGGUGAGAGCGUUGCUGGCCAGUCCGGAGGCCAUCGGCAACUUCUCUGCCGCGAUACCGAUGAGCAACCUGGCGGGAGAGAACUUUGCGACCUCAUUCUCUCUGUACUUCACCAUCUCUCAGCUGCAACCCGUUGCUGUGGAUCCGAUUCUCACAGAAACAGGAUGUAACAGGACAGAUCUUGCCGACGUGCUCGCUUGUCUCCGUUCGGUCGAUGCCGAGACUCUGGUCAACCUGCCGGACGUCGCGAGAUUCAUCGUCAUCGAUGGCAAGUUCGUCACCUCAGAGCAACUUCCUGUCGACGGGUCGAGCCCGGUCGCCCACGUACCUGUGGUCAUGGGCUUCAUGCGCGACGACGGAGCAGCGUUCAUCGGCUUUCCCCCAAACUCUGAUGUCACUACCAACAUCGCGGGCGUACUUUCAAGCCCAUCGGCGGCGGACGUUGAGGCAUCCGGCCUGUUUCCGACCCCUGCCGGACCCAACUCCACGCUGGACGUGUUCAACGUGACCGCACGCAUCACGACCGACGUCGAGUUCCGAUGCCUGGAUCAAGCCGCCGCGAUCUCGGCCCUGAACCACAGCGUCUUCCCCGACAUCUGGUUCUACCAGUUCAACAAGUCGUACCAGACGCCCGGGUUCGAUCCGAACGCGCCGGUGUGCGACGCCCCGAUCGACGCCGCCCAUCCGCACGGCGACCCUUCGCAGGAGUAUUUCAAAUGCCACUCCGGCGAGCUGUUCUUCGUGUGGGGCAACCUGGGCCAGUUCCAGCUCCCGUUCCGAGACGAGAACGACCUGCUGUUCUCGCAGCUCGCGUCGGACACCUGGACGUCCUUCGCGCGGACGCACGAUCCCAAUCCGAGCCACGCGUUCCUGACCGCGCGCGGGUACACCGGCACGCUUGCCCUCGUCAAAGAGGGCGGGAUCUGGGAACCGCUUGGCGGGCAGAACGAGAGGGCUUUGAGACUGCUGGAUAUGCCGCUGCGCAUGUCGACGUUCGAGGAGGUGGCGCAGUGCGAUUUCCUGGGGUUGCCGUUCGACACUUUCGGUUGA